CAGGAUUGGAGUGGAACAGUAUGGACCUCGAACCAGUCAGACAGACGGACGCUUAGGACUGUUCGGCCUUCAAGGAUGUCUCGGCUCUACUCUGCAGUAGGUGGCCUCACUCUUGGGAGACAUAAUGAAGGGAAAAAAGUUGAAGAACAACAAACAGAACGUCAGUGUAGCGACGCUCGGAUCCGUGUUCUUCUGCCCACGUCAGGGGGUGGCAACCUUUAGUAUCAACAGAGCCAUUUUACUUCCUCUUCCUGUGAAGAAAAAUGGCACGUAUUCAUGGAGCACACUUUCAAGACGUCUUUUUCGUGUUUCACCCAACACACGGGCCGCCCUCCCCCUUCCCUUGCUCAUCCGAUCAGCAGUCAGAACGCAGUAGAGAUGCAUUCACGGACUUGGAGACAAGCCAACAGGCUCAGAGGCCCGCCUUCAUCCUCCUCCUCAUCAUCAUCAUCCCAAGCAGAGGAAAUGUCCGACCCGGCAGAGGAGCUGGCCAGCAAGCCCUUUGCGGCCCAGCUGUCCAACGUCUACCUCAGCAUCUUGGCGCUCUUCUGCUUCAAGCUCUUUGUCAAGAUCUCCCUCAACCUGCUCACGUACUUCUACAUUGUGCGUGGCAACCGCAAAGAGGCAGCCAGGAUAUCUGCCGAGUUUUACGACUACGCUCAGCCACGAGGAUCCUGGACAGACCGCUCGCCGCUUCACGAUGCCGCCAGUCAGGGUCGCCUGCUGGCCCUGAGGACCCUCAUUUUACAGGGUCACAGUGUCAAUGCCCAAACCAUAGACCAUGUGACCCCUCUUCACGAAGCCUGCCUGGGGGACCACGUGGCCUGUGCCAGAGCCCUCAUCGACGCCGGCGCAAGCGUCAACGCCUGCACGGUCGAUGGCGCCACACCACUGUUCAAUGCCUGUGCGGUGGGCAGCGUGGCGUGCACGGAAAUUCUUUUGGAAAACGGUGCCAAGGCUCAGAGCCUUGUGCACCACCCGUCACCCAUCCACGAGGCCACCAGCAGAGGUCAGCAUGCUUUGCCAUCUAAUAUUUACGCCAAUAAGAUUGUGCUCACUUUGACUCAAGGUCAUUACGGUUGCGUGGAGGUUCUGCUGACAUGGGGUGCAGAUGUGGACAUGGACAUUCCCCACCUGGGCACGGCCCUCUACACAGCCUGUGUCUGCCAGGAGCUGGAUUGUGCCAGAAAGCUCCUCAGGGAAGGUGCCAACGUCCAAAAAGGCAAAUCCUUGGACUCGCCCUUACAUGCGGCGGCAGAGAAAGACUGCACAGCGGUCGUGAAACUGCUGCUGGACUUUGGCGCCGACAUUAACGCCAGGAACACUGAAUGUCAGAGGCCGGUGGAUGUGGCCCCGCCCAGCAGUUUAACAGAGGGCUUCCUGCUACUAUAUGAAGCCACACCGCGACUGCUGAGUCAGCUGUGUCGUCACUGCAUCAGGAAGUGCGUCGGCCGGGACCGACUUCACCUCCUGUCCCAUCUCCCCCUGCCUGGCCAGAUCAGGAACUUCCUGCGGUACCAGUGAAAGUUAAUUUUACUGUAGCGACCAGUCAAUGUACAGUAUAGCUAAUUAAUGUAUGGACGUACUUUGCAUAGCCUUCAUAAAUAUUUGUGAAGAAAAAAUAAUAAUCAUUCAUAUUUUAAAUUCAAGUACUUGGAAGUAGAAUUUAAAUAAUUUGAUGCACUCUGUUAUUGUAUAGUUUUGCAUUAUAAACACA